AUUGUUAUUGAUGCUCCGUGGAAAAAUAAAUCGGUAAAGAGAAAAAGAUCUUAUUCGAUGUUCGAUGGAAUAGAGCUUUUCGAAGUUCCUAUUAAUGAAUUGCUUUCCAAUAAUGGAAUUCUUGUUAUGUGGACGACAAAUAGCUGUCAUGUAACUAAUAUAGUUAAUGAUCUUAUGCACCAUUAUGCUCUCGAAAUUGUUGUAACUUGGCACUGGGUCAAAAUAACUAAGAGCGGUGAACCAGUUACUGGAUUUAACCCUCAUCAUAAAGUUCCAUUUGAGAGUUUUAUUAUCGCUUGUAAGUCGGAUUACUUGGAUUAUUAUAAAAAAUUGACUUCAGAGGAUUUUUUGAUCAUUGGCACACCUUCAUCAAUUCAUUCGCGUAAGCCUCCAAUUCUACCAUUAUUUAAGGAUCUAAAUAUACUUAAUGGUGAGGUUACUUGUCUGGAAUUGUUUGGGAGGUAUUUGUUACCAAACACAAUUACUGUUGGAUAUGAGGCUUUAAAAUUGCAAGAUAUACGAUACUUCAUUGUGCAAAAAUAG